AUGGCAUCAUCGACUGACAGUGAUUCGAAUGAUGAUCAGCCGUUGGCAACGUUCCGAAAAACUGAUAAUGCGGAAAACGAAACACCAUCGGCGUCGACCAGUGCGUUGCACGAUUUACCGCUCGCAAGGGUCAAAACGAUCAUGCAGAGUGGUGGUGAACAAGUACCAAUCUCAAGUGAGGGUCUCUAUGCGAUGACUAAGGCUGCCGAAUUGUUUAUUUCUAAACUAGCGAGGGAAUCAUAUGAAGCAAGCGACAGGCCAAAAUGUAUCGAAUAUUCACAUUUGGCCGAUUACGUGCAGGAAAACGAUGAGCUAGAAUUUUUACACGGUUGUGUUUUUUUUCUAGAACACAUCAUUUUGCUCUAUUUUCCUUGA